AUGGAUUUCAUGAUUUCACACUUCUGCGAUGAGCAGAAUCAUCAACCACUCUACAAAACUAGAAAACAGUCAAUAUCUGAAACGGGACCAACACUUCUCAGCUCUUCACUGCCAACUGAUGAUUGCUUCGAUUCUGAUACUGAGAACCGGCUGCCACCUGAAACGGAGUUGGGAAAUAUCGAAUACAAAGCCAAACUUGUUAAUCCAACAAACUCUCGAAUACAACAUCUUAUCACUCAAAUGAAAUGGCGACUCCGGGAGGGUCAAGGUGAAGCUAUCUACGAGAUUGGAGUAGAAGAUGGAGGAGCAAUGUCGGGAUUGACCGAUGAAGAACUCCGCAGCUCUCUUGGAACCUUAAAAACUAUGGCUCAAGCGCUCGGGGCGAGCAUGGUGGUCCUGACCGAGAAAGACGUCACUGUUAAGCUAUCGAAUAUCAGAAGAACGGUUGUCGAAGUUCUGAUUCGCAAGGUUCCGGAAAGCCAGCAGUUCAUAGAAGUUCGACUUGCGGUUGUUGGAGGAUGUGACGUAGGAAAAUCGACAUUGUGUGGAGUGCUAACCCAGGGAUGUCUCGACGAUGGAAAUGGAAAAGCGCGACUUGGAAUAUUCAGAUUUCCUCACGAAGUUCGAACAGGAAAAACUAGUUCAGUCUGUAACGACGUCAUCGGAUUCGAUAACCGUGGAAAGCUAGUCAAUUAUGCCCAGAACAGUCUUGAAGAGAUGGUCGAGAAAUCAUCGAAACUUGUGACCCUAAUUGAUUUGGCUGGAGAUGCAAAAUAUCAGAAAACAACUAUCCACGGACUGACCGGAUACACUCCUCAUUUCGCUUGCCUUGGAUUGAACAAAAUUAUUAAAGAUGUUUCGGCUCUAGUAUCAAAAGCAGGAAUGGUUGCUCGUGAAAAAAGAGUAAAAACAAAAAGAGAUGCAGUCCAAGGGGCCCAAGAAUUGUGUGUUGGCAGCAUCGUCCCGAUUCUCGCAGUCAGCUCUGUCACUGGAGAAGGAUUCAGAUAUUUGAGAACUCUUCUAAACUGCCUUUCGACCGCUGGAACUGCAGAGUCACGACUCCAACUUGUGGGACUCCCUGUGUAUUUCACAAUCGAAGAACUAUACAACGUUCCACACGUGGGACAAAUAGUUGGAGGAAUGCUCGCUGAAGGACAGUUGCAUGAGGGAGCCGACGUUCUAGUUGGACCGAUGAAAGACGGCAGUUUCGAGAAAGUCACAGUCGGUUCAAUACGAAGAAGUCGUCAAGCAGUUGGGUGUGUAAAUCCAGGCGAAGCAGCAUCUGUUUCUUUAAAUCUUCCAGAUGGUGUGACAUUGAGACGAGGAAUGGUUCUGUCUAGAAUUGACUAUCAACCGCCAGUCUGCUUCGAGUUUUCAGCCAAUCUUUUGCUCUUAUGCCAUACAACAAAAUACAUUUGUGUAGGAUUCCAGGCAACAGUAUUCAUUGGAUCUGUAUGCACUACUGCCACGAUCACCUACAUCAACGACGCCGACUGCCUUCGCCCUGGAAAGUGGGCUGUUGUCCGUAUGUGCUUCGCCUAUCAACCAGAAGUCAUCCGCGAAGGAUCCCCGAUCAUUCUUCGUCAAGGAAAAACCAAAGGAAUGGGAGAAGUUUUGAAAGUGUUCCCAAGUACUCAAUAA